UUACCUGGAGAGGCUGCAGACGAAAACUCCUCUUUCCAACACCAAAUGAUUGGCUGCAGAUCUGACAAAGAACAUAUUAACCACAGCAGGGAGCUUCUCUGUGUCAGUCCAACAGUGCAUUAACCCCUUGUUACAAACGCUUGUCCGAAGGUCAUUUAAACACUGUCCAACUACUGGACAGAGUCCCUGCAUGAAAAUGGACAUUGCAACAGUAAAUGCUCUCCCUUAUGAGGAUUUUGUGGAUAUUCUGGGCAACGUGGUGGAGAAGUGUCCCAUAAUAACAGCUGCUGUGUGGUCGGGGCGUCCCUUCCUGAGCCUGGCUGCUUUGGAGGCUGCAAUCAGUGAAUUCAUCGAUGCUCUCCCAGAAUCAGGUAAAGAGGGGAUCCUCAGGUGUCACCCAGAUCUCGCGGGAAGAGACCUCCAGAGCGGCUCGUUGACCCGGGAGUCCCGCGAGGAGCAGGCAGGGUCCGGGAUGGGUGCUCUGAACUCGGGGGAAGCCUCGCGCAUGGCCCGGCUCAACCAGGAGUACAAGGAGCGCUUCGGGUUCCCGUUUGUGAUCUGCGCCCGGAUGCACGACAAGGAGAACAUUUUACGAGAGUUGUCCGCGCGGUGCCAGAACGAGCGUGCGGUGGAGAGGGCGCGCGGCAUCGAGGAGGUGAAGAAGAUAUGUCACCUGCGUCUGCAAAGCCUCGUGCUCACUGACAACAUGUUAUGAACUUUAACUGGAGUUUAUAUUGGAUUAGUGCCAGUGUGACCCGGAUGUAAAGACUGCCAUUGUUCUCACGCCUGAUAGGCUUUGUGAUAACUUUAUUCCAAAUGUGUGUUAAUCAUACUGUACAAUGAAUUCUUUAAACAAUAACAUAUGUGCACCGUUGAUUCUAAUUUAUCAAUUUACAUUAUAUAACCUAUAUACAAGUGGAUAAUAUGGCAAAUACAGUCAUAUUACGCAUAUAUACAUUAAUAAACUCAAUGUAUAAACUCA